CAGUUUCAGUUCUGGCCCGAGAGUGCUCGUGCGCGCAUCUCAGGAGCAUCGUUCGCUGUCCGACUCGGGACACAUAGUGUGCGUUCGAGGGAAGGAAGGAAGGCGAUACACGCGGAUGGAUUGAGCCUUCGGUGCUGAUGGUGCUAUUCAAAAAUUCGCCCGAGGGCGAGGCCCUGCCGCGACUGCUGCGAAUGUCGCCCCUCAGGCACAGUCUGCGCGCCCCCGCCUCCCUGUCCGUCUCUAACGAGGACCUCACGUCCACCCUCUCGGCGCCGGCCUCUGACAAAAAAGAUCUCUCAGCGUGGAACAAAACGCUGUCGCAGAGGUGGAAGAAGCUGCGCAGGCGCUGCUCGUCCUUUUCCACAGGACACGCGCCUCGCGCGACCCCCACAGCGUCGCCGUCGCCGCCGCCGCUGGACCCGGCGCUGUCGCUGCCCUAUAUGACGCGCCGGCUGCCCCUGCCCCGCCGCAUCCCGCCCGCAGAGCACGACUCGGACUCGCUGUCCACGUCCUCGUCCUGCUCGUCCAGGGGCUCCAUCCUGCCCACCCUGCGCUCCAAGCUGCUUGGCUUGCGCAAGAAACGCAGCCUCUCCGUCCACGAGCCAACCUUCUACGUGCCGCCCCCACCGGAGCCGCCUCCGGAGGCGGCACGACGCCGGUGGAGCUCGCUGGAGAGGCCGUCCGAGGACCGCCGCUCCACGGAUAGCUGCUCGUCCGCGUCGUCGGGACGCUCUAGAAGGCCCUCAGAUAGAGAUUCUGAUCACGGCUACUACACAGACCACAACAUGCUGCCCCCGCAGUUGCCCCCUCUGCCCCCGCUCCCCCCGGCACGGACCCGGCGAUUCUCCUUCAUCCACUCCAGCGUGCUACCUGAAGAGCCGCGUCGGCCGUUGAUGACACGCACAACCAGCGUCGGUGGUGCCGACCUCCGAUUGUCAAACAAAGAAAACUCCCGACCAAAGAAUUUGAAUCUUCGGCACCACAGGCUGAGCACCAUCAUCCCGCCGCCCUUGGUGCCAGAGGCGGUGGAGGAGGAGUCGCAGUCCAAGUUCUGCACUCUGCCACGAGGCCACAAGGGCUUCAACAUCCUGAGCGUCGAGUUCCACAAAGGUCCCGGCCAGAAGGGGCUUGGCUUUAGCAUCGUCGGCGGCAGGGACUCGCCCAGAGGCCACAUGGGCAUCUACAUCAAAACCAUUUUCCCGCAGGGCCAGGCCGCCGACUGCGGCCUACUCAAAGAAGGUGAUGAAAUUCUGACGGUGAACAGGCGUCCUCUUCAGGGCCUGAGCCACAACGAGGCGAUUGCCGUAUUCAAAGACAUCAAGAGCGGCCCGGUGGCGCUGAAUCUGGGCCGCCGCGUCUCCCGCAAGCCCAAAGUGCAAGCCCCGCAGCUGACCCAAGCAGACUGAGCGUCCCUUUCCCCCACUCCCCAUGUACCCGCAACCUUUUGGACUGUCUCCUCUUAAUGUUUAAUGUUAGUCCAUAAUUAAAAAAAAAGAAACGCACACAAUGUCACCAGCAGCUUGGUUCGUGCGAGCUGAUUCCUGAGUCAUAAUUGUUUUUUCCUCUUUAUUGUAAAUUAAAAAUUAGUCACAUGCGAGCACAACGUUUAUAAAAUAAAUAAACCGUUAAUAAUAUGUUGGAUUAACCAGCAGCGUCUAGUGUACAUGAGUGUAAUAAAUAAGUAGAGUGAAAGUCUCAUGUUGAAUCGAAGAUGAGGAUGUAGCGCUAAUCUUUGGAUAGUGCUUUUGAGUAAAAUGAUGUAAAAUUGUGGAUAAAUAUAAAAUACACUACUUAAAUAUGUAUGUUCACUUGUAUAUUGAAAAAUAAACACAAAAUUUAAUUCAA